GCGACGCGAUGCCCUUCGCUCCCCCGGUCCGUGCUUAAGGGGUGGUGGGAUCGUGGGCUCGCCGGUUUCUCCCGUUGUGUCGUCGUUAAGAACAACGGAGAUUGCUAUGUAAUUCUCUGUGUGCGACAACUUCCACAGAAAUCAAAGCCUAUUCGUACAAAACCUCGGAUGGUACAAUUUCGUACAAAAGCAAGUAAUCGCGCACAUACGGAUCUAGUUUCCGCUACGGAAAUGUGUUAGACUUAAUUCUGUUAUAAUUAUGCAAGACCGAAAAACUGAGUGAGAACGUGUUAUUCGUGUUGAAAGUAUUACGCGAGCUCUGGUGACCAAUUCAGAGAGAGCAAAAGGAUUAUUAAAAGCGCAUAAUGGAUCGCUGGACAGAUACUAAUUGAUAAAAUAUUAGCGGAAUUCACUGUAAACGUACAUGUAACAAGAAUAUGAUUAAUUAAUCUACAAGAGCUUCUCGCCAUUGAUUGGACAAAAUUUAACGGCGGAAUUUUAUGUCGGCGGAAAAAAGCUUUUUCAUCUGGACAAAGCUACUGAAAAAUAUGAAAACGAAAAGAGAAUAAAAGUCUACGCGAAGUUCGACAAGGAGCACGAAAAAGAUCGGCAAGAAGUGAAGAUAUUCAACGGCUGUGACGUAUUGUUGUGCGCUCGCUCUCCGGACGAAAAAAGAAGAGAAACAAGACGAAGAAGAACGAACGCAACGAACAAAAGCGGAACGGAAUAGCGAGACAUGCCGGCGAAGAUGAUAUUGAGGCGGAGAACUGAUUGAACCGAGAUAGAAAAUGACGACUAUCGAGGCCGCUAGUGAAAUGAGUGCGGUACGUCGAGCAGUAUGGUUUAGUGCUGUAUUAUUCGCAGCGACACCCUUGGCCUACACUCAAGUAACAUGGACGCCGAUCUAUGUGGGAGGAUACAGUCAAGUUGAUCUCUGGACACAGAGCACCACCGGCUGUGCCUGUAGCUUCAAUUCGUCCAGCAACGAUUGCGCUUGUUGUGUACCAUCGGGCGGCUGCAGCUGCGGUGCAGCUUCGCCAGAUAGAUGCGCUCAGUGUGGUCUGGAGCAACAUUGCGCGAAUAUGUGCAAUAUAACAUUGGACAGCAGGCAGCUGUUCAGCAAAUCGGAUCGUGGCUUCGGGCAAAUAAAGUCGCCGUAUCUUCAAGGGCCCUCGAGGUGUACAUACAGAUUCGUGCCGGAUACUGGACAGCGGGUCGAACUGCAGAUAUAUCGACUGGUGUCCAUCGGCCGACAUAACGGCAGCGCGUGCGAGGGUGGCUGGCUACAGCUCGAAGGCAGCGCUCGUGUCUGCGGUCGUAACCAACGCUUCGAUCGUCCGGUCGUGCUCUUCUCGGAUAAGCCCAUCGCGACCUUACAUAUGCAAAUAAACGAGAACACAACACGGUCCCAGUUCCUGGCCUACUUCAGCUUCUCAUCCAAAGCGAGUACAUCUGUCGGCUGGCCGGUGAGGGGCGGACAUCCCGUUAACAACACGGAAUGUGACUCGGUGUACGAAGAUACGGAUUGUCACGACGGAUGCGUUCUAGCUAGUCCCGGAUAUCCGGGAUUGUAUCCACCGAACAUCCGUUGCCGGUACCUGAUCACUUCUGGCUCGCGAAUCUCCAUUGCCAUCAACUUCACAGCGGUGCUUCUUCCUUCCAACCAUUGUACCAGUGAUUAUAUCGCUGUUUAUUCCGGCCCGACCACGUCGAGUCCGUUGCUAAAGAUGCUCUGCGGCAAGGAAAGAAUAGCAUUGAUGUAUGACGGUCAAGAACUUCUCGUCGAGUUUAGAACUGGUCCCGAAGUAUCACCUUUCGAUUACAACGGUUUUGUCGCGACACUGAAUUUUAUAGAAAUGACGACGGAAGUUCCAACAACGAUUGCUAUUGACAGCAUGAAUAAAAGUCUUGAAAUGAUGAAGUCCGGUUAUAACAACCGUGACUUACAUGAUCAUCGUAAGGACCAAGGUGCCAUGAUCAGCAGCUGCGAUCUCGAAGUAAGUGGAGAGAAGGUACGGGCAGGUCACCAUGAUACCAGAGGCAAGCCAAAGUCCACGACAUGCAGACUCGUGUUGCGUGGUCGCGCUUAUGACACCGGACAUGUCUCUUUAGCCAGUUACAACCUCAGUGCGCAGUCCUGUCAAUCGGCGAUCGAGAUAUUCGACGGUUCGCCAGAGAUACUGGAUACUGCCAACUCUUUGGAGAAGAUCUGCAGCCCUGCGCAGUGGCUCCCGCGGGAACUCGCGGGCCAGGAUAAGUCCGUCGAGCCAAAGCGUUACUCGUCCAAUGGCCGAGACAUGACGGUGGUUUUAAGGCGCGCCUCAAACAGCCCCACUGACGAGGAGUAUAUGGAGGUCUCGUACUACUUUCAUGACGAACGUGAGGGUGGCACUCAGCAGCCUGCCAGCGUGUGCGACGUCGAAUAUUACGGAUUGACGUCACCGGUGGAAGGCUCGGUGGUGCAUCCGGAGCCGCACCGAUUAUUCGCUAUGGAAGGUCCGGUGAAGUGCAAGCAGCACUUUAUACCGGCGCCCAACCAGUCGGUGGUCAUUACCAUAAAAGGUAGCACGAAACAGACUCCAAACAGUCCGUGCGAGACCAAGUGCGGUGACAGCGGCUGCCACUGCGUCAGCAAAUCCGUGGAGAACAUGGACCACCUUUUGCUUGUCUCCGAGACCGGACACAUUGUCACAUGUCUCUGCGGAAAUUACCAGGACUGGCUUCCGGUGGGUAUCCGUAGCUGGACCCCGGUCUACAUCGAGUGGUCGAGGUCAUCAAAGGCGGGCCUCAAUUUCCACGCGGCCUACAAGUUUAUCAAUGACACUUACUGCGGUGAUCACACGAUGGCGGAACCGGAAGGCGAGGUCAAUGGUGGUGAUCUAGCGAGUGCCGGGCUCAAGCUGAAUCAGUAUUAUCAGCAGAAGUGCACGUGGAUCCUGGAUUCGACGAUCGACCGACAACUCAUCAUCGAAGUCAAGUCCACACAGAGCAGACCCUGCACUGCGUGGAAUCUGACAAUACACGAGUACAAGAAGGAGGGCGACCCCGCCGGAUCUAAAUUGCACACGUUCUGUUCGAGGGAUUCGCACAAGAAUUUCACCCUACCGUGGAAGAUGAAUACCGUGGUGGUUAGAUUGCACGCUCUUGGUAGAACUGCGCCCCAAUACACGAUGAGAUGGCGAAGUCAGACGGUGAUCGCCAAUACUCGCAAAAGCGGACCAUCGCCACCACCGAACUGGCACGCGAAUUUCUCGAGUAAAGCUGAACCGAGAGAAAUGACUUUUCUCAUUUUCGUCAUGUUCACGAUUUUAUUCGCAUGCUCGUUUGAUUGUUGAGACUGUAAACUCGAGAUAAAAAAUCACGUCUAUAUACCUGUUCCUGUUCGAACGAGCCUACGUUAUAGCGUCACAUGUACAUAAAUUUGUGAGGACUCACGUCGAAAUCCUCGUUUUACGUCGCUCGAUUUGUAAGAUGGUUUUAAAGUGGACAGCACAUGGUGCAUUGAUCAAGAAUCGAGAUUUUCGCCGGUUGGCUCGUUAAUUCCUGACUGCAUAAUUUUUGCGAAAGAAAUAUUUUAAAUGCAGAAAGGAUAUCGCACUGUACACGCGACGAACAAUUCCGAGGAAAGAAAUUUUAACUGAUCUGUGCUAUAUUUUUCACUCCACAUACGAAUUUUUUACGGUACGAUAGAGAGUUAACGAGUCAAUUUGCCGUUUUUCUCGAUCGAAUCGUACAUAUACAUAUAGAUAUACAUAUAUAUUAUACACAUUCAUACAUGCGCGUACUUAGAUAGAGUGAUGAUCAGUUUGUGACAAGCGAUUAGCUUGCACAACCGAUUGUCACUCGAAUCGAAGGAGAUGGUUCUAUGAAGCCUUUUAGAUCAUUAUUCCUCACCCAAUUAGUUUAAACAUUUUUAUUCUACGCGUAAAUAAAUAAUGAUAUUGAUUUCAAUUUUAUUAAUUAGAAUUUGAGAACUUUAUCAAUAUAUAAAUGUUAUGCUUUAGUAUUUUAGAACCCGUUUACUUCACAUUUUCUAUUUUCUAAAAUUUUUUUACAAAUCGAUAGUUGCUAAAUAAACUAGUACAGUAUAAUUGCGAUUCAUGUAAUUAUUUCUGAAAAUAUAGUAAGUAGUGCAAUUUUUUACUAUGAUUUUCACGAUUUCCGAGUUUUUAUUUAAGUGUAUUAAGGCCAGAAGAAUAGCCUUGUGUAUAUAUUAUACAUAUAAGAAGAUUAACAUGCAAGAACGCGAUGCACGGAUUUGAAAUAGCGAGAAUCACACACGAGUCACCCCUCUCUCUUUCAGGCGAAUGCCAAAUUACACGUGUAAGAGAUUACAACCAUGUAGCGACCUGUGUACAUAGGUAGUGGCGUUAAUAGAAUUUGUACAGAACACACGAUUAAUUGUGUCUACCCUAAAUCUGCGAAUUACUGUAAAGUAACGAUAAGACAAUUAAUCUUACGCGGCUCUGCGGGAAUGAGAAUGAACGAAGAGAGAGUGUAUUUUAACGAAUGAAUUUCGCGUGUGCCCAAGACACUUAGCGAUUUAUUGUUAUACGGUUUGUCGAUCGAACGGAAUGCCCUUAUCACCACGAUGGCGUAUCGAUAAUUAUCAAUCUGAUUCUUUUUUCGAGGAAUCGCGAAUCGAGCAGUCACACCAAGAACAAAUUCACUGUCCGAAUAUCUUACGGAAAUAGUCGAUCCGUUAGAGCAAGCACGCGAUUGAUUGAUUAUUACCGAAGAAGUGGAAAUAAUGUUAGAGGUCGUAAAUACUUAAUGUACGUAUUUGCUAAUGCCAGCCGGUAGAACGAAUCGCGUACCCCUAACCAGCUGUACAACAAUGCGAGAAUGUUUCUACAAUUUUCCAUUGAUUUUAUAAAAUGAACCUAUGAGAUCUCAUCGCGUUUUUUCUUUCUACGGCUAAUUAAGAUAAUGCAACGUGUGUUGGCCUAAGUAUAAUAACACUAGUCAUCUUUAUGCACUUGCUCUGAAAGAGUCUUUAUAUCGAAUGUAUUUUAAUGUAAAAAGGAAUUCAUGCGUUAUUUUGUUGCA